CCUCUCUCUCCCUCUCUCUCUCUCUCUCUCUACUCUCUCUCCAUGAUCUUUCGUAUUAUUUGCGGCAGGUUACUGUGCUUGCUCUCCCCCCCAUCAGUUCCCUCUCAAAAGCUGUGCUCUUGAAAAGAACUUUUUCCUCGCACUCAAUCAGCAGCAGCAGCAGCAGCAGCAAAAAAACCCAAUCCCCUUCCCUCAUUCUCCUCCCAAACCCCUGCGGAUCUCUCAUAGUUCCGAGCUUGAAGUGGGUUUGAAGCUCGAAGUUGCUGCUGUAGCAGUCCUUGAUGUGUAGACCCGCACAAUGCGUGUGGCAGAAAUUGAGUUUCCUCCACUGGGGACAUCACUGAUGCCAAUGAAUUCCAAAUCAUAGCACCUGACAGCCCCUUUGACUUCAGGAAGAGAUUGGAAUUGCAUUUGAGAUGAGCAGUGAGACAUUUUCACCCAAUCGAUUCCAUUCUGAGUGUGCCUAGCCUCUGCAACUGCUGAUAAUGGCAACACCUUGAUGCCAGAAUUGGUGGGCUCUUGCUCUCCACCCCAAACCAGUUCUCCAUUUCUCCGCUAAAUCUAGCAGUUUUUGGGAAGUAGCUAGCGUUGCAGUGCUGGAGAGGGGAAUUCUCGUUGGGUCGUCAACGUCAAGCAUUGAUUUGGGCCUUCUGUCGUGAGUUUAAACAUCCACUGGUGGGAGGGGUCAUAUAUUGGUGUUUUACCGGGAUCGCAUCGAAAUGUUGGAGGAGCCUGACAUUAUGUCGCGGGUUCUCUCGCCUUUCCGAGAGGAGAGUGGGGACGAGGAGCUCUCCGUCCUCCCAAGGCACACCAAGGUCAUCAUCACCGGCAACAACAGGACCAAAUCGGUGCUCGUUGGCCUUCAAGGCGUCGUCAAGAAGGCUGUCGGACUCGGAGGCUGGCACUGGCUGGUUCUUAAAAACGGGAUCGAAGUUAAGCUGCAGAGGAACGCGCUGAGCGUGUUGGAACAUCCCUCUGGAAACGAUGAAGAUGAUGAUAUCUAUUUGGAUUCCAGCAGUGGGUCCGACACUGGAGUCAAGGAUCACAAUUUUCCAAGUGCCAUUAACUUCCCGAAAAUCAGCAAGCCCCGGGUUCGUCACACUAGACCCUGGUCCACAUCUCCAUCUGCUAAGCCCAUGAAUCGUGGAACGUACCGAGACGUACAGUCAAUAAUUCAAUCUCCUCAUCUGAAGGUGAACUUGCUGAAACUCGGGACAGACUCGCUUUGGAGAUACUGCAAGCACUACAAACUUGUGGGUUUGAAUUCUAGCACGCCAAGGGAAGAGAUGCUUAAUGCCGUCCAGCGCCACUUCUCAUUACAUCAGAGGUUGAGCGAGACCCAAGUGAUUAUGAACUUUGUUCGGGCCGCCAAGAAAUUGAAAUCAGGCUGAUGCGAUGCAGUAUCAGGAUUGUUCCACCGCGUGGCUUUGUACAGCUCGUACAGACAUUUAACACUCUUAACAUCUCCAGUGAGUGACUCCAAUUGUAGAGACUUGAGACUAACUCGACUUGUUCGAGAGAAUGGUUUUUAUAUAACAGCCAUUUUCGAUCUUACCCCGA